AUGGGCGAACAUACGGACUACAACAUCCUGAUGUUCUUCGAGAAGCGUCCGACCAAGGCAUCCUCACGAAAAGUCUGGUUCAGAUGGCGAGGCACAAAGUCACACGGCGGUUUCCAGAAAUACAGAGGUGACGACAACCAUGGAUGGGUCAAGUUUCUCGGAGACUGCCGGAUUGAAGUAUGGUUUGACAAGCUCAGAGUGCGCCUGGACGCACAAAAGGGGAGAGGCAUGGGUGAGAAUAGUAAGCACAGCGUGGUCAGAUUUUGGGAAUACUGGCACGAUUAUGACGACAAGGGAAUUGAUCUUUUGGACACAUCGAAACUCUUUCCUGACUGGUAG